CACAAGGUAUCAGUGCCACAAUAUCUUUUCAGCUCGCCGCCCCAGAAACAACUCUCAAAAGCCAACGUACUACCAUGGAGACCCUCAGCACCAUCGAACAGGCCACCCGCUUUGGCCGCCGUGCCACCCGUGGAGGUGGUGCGGGCGGCUUCGGUUGCUGUGGCAUCUUUCUCGUCUUGAUGAGCGGCUCCAUGCUUUUUUGGAACGAAGGUCGUGCCGUGAGGCGCUACAGCAUCCUCCAUGAAGGAUCCAAAGCUGUGGUGGAGAUCGCCAACAUUAAUGAAGUGGACCCGGCCAACGAAGGAAAACUGGUGCAUUUGGUUGGAACGACGAAGAACAGCCGUCCUGUCACGGACAAGAAGUUUGGCGUGACGGCAGAUGCCUUGAAGCUCGGUCGCACAGCGGCAAUGUACCAAUGGGAAGAAAAGACCGAGUCUCACACAGUCAAGCACCCGGAUGGCAGCACAUCCAAUGAAGUCUCGUACACCUAUGAUCGUGUCUGGUUCCCGGCACCCAUUGAUUCCAAUGUUUUCCACAAACCUGAGCAUCACACCAAUCCUGGUCCCUUGCCGUAUCAUGCCAUGUUGGACAAGGCUGACAUUGUCUCCAUUGGUGCCUACGAGGCGUCUCAAGACAUGGUAGAUGGAUCCAUGAACUGGUUCUCCUACAAAACGGACGGGAUCUCUGUCGAGAACAUCACCGAUCCCUCCACAAAAGCGAAGGCCAAGGCCAUUCCGGGAGGAUUCUACUUUGGUUCAGAUCCGUCCGUACCCAAAGUUGGAGACUCCAAGGUGACCUUUCAGGUUGUUCUUCCCUCUGUUGUGACUGUCAUGGCCCAACAGACCGGAAAGAGUUUUACUCCCUACAAGGGCAAACACUCCGGCAAAAGCGGCGAACUCAUGUUUGUACAAUUGGGAAACCACACUGCACAGGAAAUUUUUGCCAAUGAAAUCUCCAGCAACAAGUUCUUUACGUGGCUCUUUCGCUUCCUUGGGGUUUGCCUCAUGUAUGCUGGGGUUGGGGGCAUGCUAAGUCCAUUGGCCAUGAUGUUGGAUUCCAUUCCCUUGAUUGGACGGUGCAUUGGCAACACCUUGCUCCCUCUCCUGAACAGUAUCGUGGCGGGUGCUUUUGCUGGUGUCGUCAUUGCUGUGGCUUGGCUUCGUUUCCACCCGUUGGCGGGAAUUUCCUUCAUCUUGCUUGUCGGUGGUUUGACCUUUUUGGCGGUUCGAAAGUCCAAGCAAAUGAACGCGGAGGGACGAGGAGAUGCAGUUAUUGCCACUGACGAAUCUGAUCCAACCGAGCCCCUGCUUGAAGAAGGCGAGGACGAUAAGGCAGACGAUCAAGGAGAACCUGUUUAAACUAAUAGAAGGCAUAGUCAAGCUGAGACCAGCCAGAAACACAGAAUGUAGGCCCUCCUUCUAAGUUCAAAGUUAUCCACAGUGUCGCUAGCUAGUACACUGUGUGCCAGCGCAAUGAUCACCUGCAUUAUUAUUUUAUUUCGUGUCCAAAGAUGCCGAAGUCAAACACGUCACGAAAAUGAAGGCACCAAGCAGAAUUGGCAUCCCGCCUCUUUCACAUUCUCAUGAAGAGAGAGCAUUUUACUGCUGCGCCUCUCAUAACGAGGAGUUUGGCACUCACUAUACUAGUAGCAACCAAAUAGUCUCGUGAAUCAUGUCUGUGGUGGCUUACAGGUGGGGUAUUGAUGCCGAGGGGAAUGUUGUGACAGAACCCAUCCCCGGCGAGGAAGUACAUAGUUUGUACAUGCGCCUCCUGUUCAAAAAGAAGACUACGGUCCCGGAUCUGUCAGAGCUAGUCUUCAUGAUAGGAAGGAGAAACUUCAUUUUGUGGAUACAGCAGCGAAUAGCGGAAAAGCGGCUCGCCCUCCAACGGUCUUUUCUUGGGUAUCCUGAUGCAGAAUGUUGCCGCCUUUCUGUCUGGAUUGAUCGCGUUCAGGAGAUUCCCUGGUACUAUGAGAUUGACCACAAGACAGAUGCCUUUUUCGAGAUGGUACACUUCUCGAAAGAAGUGAAGGAGAAGAGGGAUAGCAGAGAACAAUUCAUUUUUUGGUUUCUGAUUUGCGGCAUGCUCAUCAUGCUUUACCCCUUCAUCUGCCUAUUUUGUCGCUUGGACAAAGAGAAGCUUCAGCAGAUCCCAAGUGUCUCUCAGAGUGGUUCAGACCUGGAGCAGA